GUAGACGCGCGUCCCGUGUCCUCACAGUUGUUACGAUUUACGUAAACAUUCGACAUAAUAUUUAGUUUCAUAUUGAUGUGUUUAUUUACGCCAAUAAUAAAAAUUAGAUAAAGAACUAAGUUAGAAACUUCAAAAUAUGUCAAAUUAAAUAGCGAUUAAUUGAAAUUUAAAUUAUGGAUGUCCAAUCAUUCCUUCGCUAUAAUGAAACUAUUGAUGACUUUUACAACCGUUGUAACAAUCUAUCGAGAUUCGAUUGUAGCGAAGAAGAGAUGUUAUGGUGGUUAAUGGGUUCCAGAAGGCUUCCUUUGAAGGAGAUAAUUCCUAUAAGCGUGGUGUUAGUUGUGAUUUUUUUGACUGGGGUGAUAGGGAAUGUGUGCGUGUGUGUGGUGAUAGUGAGACAUCCUGGUCUGCACACGGCCACCAACUAUUAUUUAUUCAGUUUGGCUGUCAGCGAUUUGUUACUGUUGUUGUUUGGGCUGCCAAACGAUCUAUCAGUGUACUGGCACCAGUAUCCGUACAGCCUAGGGAUGGUUUUCUGCAAGUUGCGGGCCCUUAUAUCCGAGGCAGCUACCUACGUGUCGGUGCUGACCAUCUCGGCGUUCUCCCUGGAGCGCUACCUGGCCAUCUGCCACCCGCUGCACCUGUACGCCAUGGCGGGCCUGACCAGGGCGUCCCGCAUCAUCCUGGUGCUGUGGCUCAUCUCAAUCGUCUGCGCGUCUCCGUUCGCGGUCUACACUGAUAUCAUCUACAGGGAUUAUCCACCAAAUUCCGGGAACGUAUCUUUGGACUCCGCAUUCUGCGCGCUGAUGGCUUCUUCUCCACUCCUGGAACUGAGCAGUAUCUUCUUCUUCUUCAUACCCGGGAUCCUCAUCCUAUGCCUCUACGUUCGAAUGGGUCUGCAAAUUAGGAGUACCAGCGUGAAUGAGAAGACGAAGGUGGGUCUCCUGAACGGGCAGGUCCACGGGGAGACCAGGCAGGCCAAAUCCCGGAAAGCCAUCAUCCGAAUGCUGGCGGCGGUGGUGGUAGCCUUCUUCGUAUGUUGGUCUCCGUUCCACAUCCAGCGCCUGUUCUUCAUCUACGGCGAGCACCUCAUGCAGUUCCAGGUCAUCAAUGAGCAUCUGUUUAAUGUGGCCGGCGCGCUGUACUACGUGUCCGCGACUGUCAAUCCCAUACUGUACAAUGUUAUGAGCGGGAGAUACCGCGUGGCGUUCAAAGAGACUCUGCUAUGCCGUCCGUCGCGGCGAGGGUCCAAGACCGUUGAGCUGACCAGCUCCGGCAAGAGCUGUCGCCGCCGCGAGAGGAUCUCUUUCAUCAGCAAGGUGGACUACGUCAAAGACCCGUCUCCUUACUGUGUGGACGCAACAGAAAAUGUGGACGCUUCAGAGUACUACAGCGAUGUGAAGAAUGUCUACUUUGGAAACGGUGACGUGGCCAAGAAUAGCUGUGAUGAGGCCUAAGUUUUGUACACCAUUUCAACAUUUCUAUAUAUACAGAAAUAUAUGUAAUGUAUAGACAAAUCACACAGAUUGGUACUGAUAGUAAGUAUAUAAGUAUUAGUGUUACGGGCUACAAUAUUUUAUAAUAUAAACUGUUAAUUACCAUUUAAGCUGCAUUUUUACCGAUAAAGUGGCAAUUGGUGUCGUCUAAACGUACGAAAGCAAUCAAAGGUUUUAAUUCUCCUUUCGUCGAGACCAUUGAUCAGCAAAAUAGAAAAAAAAUAUGAGACGCACAUUAAUAUAUUAAUAUGAUCUUGAGUAAUUUUAGGUAUAAUUAAAAGCUAUAUAAAAUACCUUAUAUCUUAUUUAUAAGACAGGAGAUUUUUGUAAUUAAGUUGUAUUGCUUGCUAAUACCUAGGUAUAUGUAAUUGUUGAAUUGCGCAGUGAUGUUGUGGCGUGUGGUUCCGUCCUAGAAUAGGACCACUCCAUAUACACAGCAGAAUCUUCAAAAAAUUAAGGUUUUUUUACGCUGAUCCCGGGCUUCGCGGCUUCACAACCCCGAACGAAACCGGGAUGCCAUCCAUGCAGCGAUGGAAUCACUUAGGAAGGUAGAAAAAUUUGUUUGCAUAAACAUGAGUACAUUUAGAAACUGUUAAAAUAAAUUAAACAUAUAGGUAUGUUUAAUUGCAUACAUGUUUCACAACGCACUACCAACAUACAGACUAUGCAAAUUCAAAAUAAUAUAAUUACAGAUCUCACGCUAUAUACAUAGAUAGGGAAACUAUGAAUACACAAAAUCUAAUUACUAUCUCGUGGGAUUUCUUUGACGUGAAGGUAUGAAAUAAUGUAAUUAAAACCGGCUCACAGAUUGGGAGCGGGUCGAGUUUGUUUUCGUUACGUGAAAUGACGCAAACCAUCGUAAACUAACGGCCCACGCCGGCUUCGCUCGGGUAAAACUAUAAUAAAAAGUAGCCUAAAGGUCACCUGAAGGUUUCGUCUGUCUCUGUGCUAAAUUUUAUCACAAUCGGUCCAGUAGUUUUUGAGUUUAUUCAUUACAAACAAAAAAACCUAUCACCAUAACAUAAAAUACUACUAAACAAUAAGAUUGUGUCAGUAUGAUUAUGUCGAUUACGUCACGUCGCACAAAGUGCAAACUCAGCCUCGAAAUUUAUAGCAAAAUAAAUCCGUAAACUGCUAAAUAGUAAAAACAAAGUUGCUUCCCGAUGGCUGUUUGUAAUGAAUGCGUAGAUUUUUAAAACUAUUCAUUGACUGUGACUGUGUGAUUCCAGUGGAAGGAUUAGGUGUUCACCCGAGCAAAGCCGGGACGGACCGAUAGUGACAUACAAAUUCCGUGCUUUGCCUAGCGACUACGACAAAAUUCAACUAUUUUUUUAUGUUAGUGUUCAGUGUUUACACAUUCCGAAUCUCGGCAAAUAGAAAAGCUAGUUCUCUGUUCAAACUAAUAAAAUAUUACGAUUCAGCCCUUCCAAUUGAAGUAAAUACUUCUAUAACCCUAUAAAAUUAUUUUACGUGGCAUCAAAUGCGAAGAUUUUUUCUCCUUUGUGACGAAAUCCCUGAAGGAUUCAUUUUGUUUCUUCUGCGUCGUUAACUUGAUUAAAGGAUCGCAAUUAACCUCUAGCUAAGUACAAUCAAGUCGGAUAUAAUAUUAUUAUUUGAUCUCUACUAAGAAAUUUCGGAAUUACGUAAAUAAAAAUAACUCCUUUCUUCAUUAUUUAAUGUUCUCGCAAUAUCCCAACUCACCAUAUCACUACAUAUUGUAACAAAGUCGCUUCCCGCUGCCUAUAUCUAACCCUAUGAAGGCUUAAUUGAUCUUUAAAACUACGCAACGGAUUUAAAUGCGGAUUUUUGAAUAGAUGAGAGAAAUUAAAAAAUAAGGUUUUUAGAUAUAUAAUUUUUAUGAUGGUUUAACCCGAGCGAAGCUGGGACGCGCCGCUAGUGUAAUAAGUUCGACUAACCUACAUUCGAUGUUGUAUAUUGUUAUGAAAGUUGAACAUAUUAGGAACUAUGCAAUAAAUCGUAAAACCGUUUGUUUGUUUGAUUCGACUCAGCAAAGAUUGCUCGUAAAUGAAUUAGCAAAAAUUCAAUUAGCGAAAAUAAAUUUGUUUUAUAUUCAAGAAUUCUAAUCGAAAUAAGCAAUGGUCGUAAUUUAACGCGGAAACACAUUGUGACGUUUUGUAAUCGUAAGAUAUCUGAAAAGAAAUCAACUUACAUACAUAUAACUACUUACAUAAAUAAUACUAUUUUAGUAGCCAUUUACUAGUUUAUUGUUUGUAGUAUAAAGUACCUAUUAGUGGCACUUAUUAUAAGUAGUAGUAACGUAUAUCGUUAGGUAUAACGCGAUAAAUUUAAAAACUACCGAGCGGAUUUUUGUAUGAUUUUUGCGUGGUUUUUGCCAAUAGUAAUGAAUAGUGUGGUUGCUGAGGAAGGUUUAGUAUUUUAUUAUAGUUCUAUCCGACCGAAGCCGAAACGGGCAGCUUUUAAAUAAACCAAUUUCUAAAAUGUAGAACAGAAUAUUUUCGUACGUGAUACAGAAUCAACCUCACGCGAUACGACGUGUCGUCGACGCGACGAAUUACUUUGCCCGUGACGUGACGUGGGAUAAAUUGAUGCCAAAAAAAGUUAUGCUAAUGACAAAACGGUACAUUGCUUCAGUAACAACUUCGUGUCACUGUAGGUGAAAUGUGAGAGAGUAGCGGUGGUGCACGCCCGCCUGUGGAUCGACAGGUCCCGUGAAACCUACUCGUGCCACAUGAGUUUUUAUACAUUACUUACGUACUUACUGACUUAUGUACUUCAUCGACCACGACUUGCUUCCGCUGAAGGAAAACAGCGUGAGAAAACCUGCACACUGGUUGAUUAUUAAAUUAUGUGUGAAAUGGAGAAGGCAUGCAAUGGCAAACCACUCCAUUAUUAGUGCCAAGAAAGUUGUUCUGUGUGUUUCAUUCCACGUAAUGACCAUGACCAUCAGGCAUGAAGAAUACGACUAUGACUAUGAAGAAGUUUCAUUGCAAAUCUACGGCCGGCCGUACAUACCAUGGCCCAAUUUGGUUUGGACAAACGGAGCUACUUCCCGUCUUGUGGAGGUCUUGUGUGAAGAUAAAAUAAAUGUUUCUGUCAUUCGGAAAAUUUAAUUUAAUUUAAGGGCUAUUAAUUUAUGGAUAUUGCCUCAUAAUUAAUCAUUUGGAUAUUUAAUUUAAAACCAGCUCUGGUGAAAUCCUAUUAUUAUCUUUAAUUUAACGAAAUUUUUAUUGCGAUUUCGAUGAAUUUACUCAUCACGGUGUCCACGGGUAGGUACUUUAAUUUAUCUGUAACAUCUAUCAAAAGGCGUAAUCAAUAACUUACACAGAGCAUAAACGAGAAAUGUAUCUGGUCGAUAUUAUGUAACCUAUUUAGCAUAGAUGUAUUAAAUCUAUGCUAUUUAGGUAUACAAAGCAAAAUUUACGCGACAACUGGAACAUAAUCUUUGAUUUAUGUUUUAUAGCUUCGAACUGACUCAAUUUCCAAUAUUGUGUUCGCGUGGCAUAACAUUGUUGAAAGCGACGAUGGUUCCGGACACAGACCAAAUAUAGAUAAGGACUCGAUAUAUAUGUUUUAAAUUUAUAUAUUAUUUAUUAUUAAUAUUUGCAUGCCUGCAUGCAGGUUGGCUACAGUUGACUUAAGAUCUAUCUAGGUAAAUCUUGCAAAUAGGUAAAUGAUUGUAUUCUAUUCCCCUUGUCUUCUUUUAGAGUCGAAAUAGCAGAUAAAUAAUAUUAGUUUACACCAGUAAGUAGAAGUAGUAGUUUAAAGAUUUAGUGAAAAGCAUAGAUUUAGAAAGGGCGCAUCGGGUAGAAAGUAAUAUAUCGUCUUGAAGUAUUAUUUUGAGUAUAAGUAUCACACACACACACAUACUUAGUAAAUAAGUACUUCAGCACAAUAGACAAGCUAAAUUUGCGUAAUUUGUUCAGUUACAUAUUUUUAUUGCGUAUUUUUUUACCUUUCCAGAAUACUUAGAGGGCACGAGGUGUGAUGGAAUAAUAAGUAGGUACUCUUAUGUCUGAAAUGUUGAGCGAGUAGGUAAGUCGUCAAUUUUCUCCAAACUUAACAAGACGCGGAUCCGAUUAAAAGUUAUGAUUGCUUCGAUCAUUUUUAGGUUGAAGAUGACUACUUGUGGGAAUGAGAUUAUAUUUAACUUAGGUAUUUUUACGUUUUGUUGAUAUACUCAGUUUUUGCACGCGUAAUAGAACGUACGUAUACUAAGUUAUGGGAAAUUGCCCAUAAGAAUAUUAUACUUUUUCCGGUAUGAAAGGACAUAUAUUAGGUCCUUACAUCUGAAAUUGGCGUUUUGUUGUACUGGCCACUUUCACAAAUCAUAAAUUUCUCCUCUUUGGUUAGGAAUCCCAAAUUCAAAUUUAUACAGCUAUUUACAUAUGUAUUUGUGUUUCGUUUCUGAUUUUUCUGUUUGCGUCACUCAGUUUCCAAAAUGGAAAACUUGAAAUAUCGCGUUAUUUACUAGUACGAGUUCCACCGUGGCACCAGUGCUGCGGAAACGGCUUGAAGGGCUGAUGAUGUGUAUGGCGGUAGUGUCGCAAAAGAAAACACAGUGUGUUUUGGUUCCAACGUUUUCGUUUUAGAAAUUUCGACCUGCAGAACAAGCCCCGUGGACGGUCGGAGACCCUAGUGAUAAUGAAGAAUUGAAGGCUAUGGUGGAAGCGGAUCCAUCGCAAACCACGUCCGAGUUAGCUUCAUUUUAAUCCACUUGAAGCAAAUUGGGAAGAUUAAGAAACUUGAAAGGUGGGUACCUCACGAAUUGAGUGAAGCAAACCGGCAAACGUGUGUGGACUGCUGCGUAACAUUACUUAACCGGCACAAUAAUGAAGGGUUUUUAAAUCAAAUCAUUACCUGUGAUGAAAAGUGAAUUCUCUGCUCCAACAGAUUACCAUUUUUUUCGAAAUUUGGAUAACUUCUUCCAAGGGAAAAAAUUCAAUUCCGAUAGGGCAGUCCAAACCGCCUUCAAAGAUUUUAUUGAUUCCCGUCCAAAUGGUUUUUUUAGUAAAAGGAUCAUGAACUACCUAUGAGAUGGCAAAAGCGCAUAGAUAAUAAUGAUUCUUACUUUGAUUAAAUAAAUAUAUUAUAUUAAAAAUAUUCGACUUUUUGUUCCUCCUAUACCAAACGCCAAUUUCAUAUGUAAGGACCUAAUCUUUGCCUCCAUUUGCAAUCUGGGAUGUCGCGAAGCCCAGGAUAAGGAUAAAAAAGCACUAAAAAUAUUAGUUACGGCUGUGAUUUACUCGCCUCCCCUAGUCACCUCGUACGGCAUCCAUGGGAGGCAAAGGACACUAAGGGCUAUUCCAGGGCGGGAUCACGCGCCACACCGUUCUAACUUGUUAAAUAACCUUAUGCCAACUUACCUGUAAAAGCAAUGCUUUAUUUUACCUUACAGUAAUAAAAAUGUACAUUUUUUUCAGUAUUUUUUUAACCAAAAUUAUUCGAGGGUAUCACAAUGGGAAAUUAAAUAUUCCUCAAACGUACCUAGAUGUUAUUCUGGUUAGUAUUCGAUAGGGUAGGUAUGAAUGAACUGAGAGUCUGAAUAACUAAUAUGAAGACAGGACUAGUAUACAUGGAGCUAUGAUAUGGUGUGGCCGUGUUCAUUGUAGAGGAUCAAAUUAAACUGGUGAAAAGAAAUUGAAAGAUUUUGCAUACGAAAUGCUUUAGACGAAGGACCUCGGGGAACGUGUAACCACUUGGUGAUAAUGUCCGCAUUUAAUGUGGAAGAUAAAAUAUGUUACUAGCGGCAAUUUCGAUAAAUACUAGUUAGGCACCUAUGCUGCGUGUAGGUACUUUUCAUCGAAAUCUAUCCAGUUGAUUUAGAGGGAUAUAAUAAAACAAUUUUACUUU